CAUCCAAGUAUAUAAUAUUCCAUGCAAAUAUUUCUCAUCACCCUUUUGAAUUGAGUAUGUAAUUAAGCACCAACAAUGUCAGAAAAAUGUCUGAUGGUGACUUCUUUAGCAAUCCUGGUUUGCCACCCAAGUUCCACCAUUAGAUGUUUCAAGCCAAAGUCAAGUGUCAUUUCCCCAAAAAGAGAGAGAACCCCUCUUCCUCCUCCUCCUCCUCCUCCAAAGAACAAUCAAAAUCCCAAACCCCAAGAGAGUUUUGAUUCCCAUGCAAAAAGGGUUCUUUCUUUUCCAAGGUUCAAAGAGAUUGAGCCAUUAGAAGAGGUCGCCGAAGUGGACGCGAUUUUUCGCGCGGGGUGGAAGCACAAUGUUGGGUACAGAAUCCAAAAAGUUUUUAGGGUGAACUGUGGCGAAGCGGCUUAUAAGAGGUUUGAAGUUUACAGAAACAUUGUGAAGUCAAAGGGGAGAGAGAGCGGCGUAAGAAGGGAUGGAAAUGAGGUCUUGAGGUAUAGGGGCACUGGCAUUACUUGUUUGUUAGGGUUUGAUCGAUUCUCGACCACUUGUAGGAGGAAGAGUUGUGGGGUGUGUAGGACCAUAGGUGGCUGUAUGAACAGUGAAGCAAUGGGGAGGUCGCCGGUGAUGCUUUCCAAGACAAGUUGGAGAGCUCACAGAAGAGUUGAGAGAUGCGGCCAUGGAAACAUGAGAGCGGCGAUUGUGGUUUGCAGAGUGAUUGCAGGUCGCGUUGCUCGCUGCAGCAAUGGCAAUAUAGUGAGUGGGGAAGAAGAAAAAGAUGGCACUUUUGAUUCAGUGGAGUAUAUGGAUGGGUCUGAGAAGCUUAUGGUUUUGGAUUCAAGAGCUAUAUUGCCAUGCUUUGUGGUUUUGUAUGAGAUUCUUUAGUUUCUUUUGAAAUAUGAUCCAUAUCUUAUCUCUUUUGAUUUGUAGGAAACAAAUACCUUUUCUUUUC